CCAUCUUCUCCUGGGCUCGAACCUAUCCCGUGCGCUGUGCCCGCCUCGCAAGGCCUGCAGUGGUGAGCAUGAUCUCUGAUACUCACUUCAUGUCCACCGUACGGCACGAUACCUAUGCAACCAUUGACCCGAGCAAAGCCGACCUAUCAGGGAGAAUCAUCCUCAUUACUGGGGCAUCCAAAGGGAUCGGAAAAGCCGCCGCGAUCGCCUUCGCGCAGGCUGGCGUCUGUGGUCUCGCACUUCUCGCAAGGUCCGACCUUUCUGACGCCGAGGCAUCCUGCAUGGCGGCACAGCGGAGGGGCACAGAGCUCAGGGUGCUCAAGCUCACGGCGGACACGACGAAGGUCGAUGAAAUUGAGACCGCUGUUCAGAACGUGAAAAGGACGUUCGGACGCCUGGAUAUCUUGAUAAAUAAUGCGGGCGCUAAAGAAACGGCUGAUCUGAUCGGCGAUUCAGACCCGCAGGCAUGGUGGAAGGUGUGGGAGGUGAACAUCCUGGGGACGUACUUCGUCUCCCGCGCAUGUCUUCCGUUGCUCAUUGAGAGUGAUGGCGAUAAAACGAUCCUCAACAUCGGGAGCUUGGCCGCAUUGCAAGCAGGUCAGUUCAACUCUGCAUACAAGGCCUCGAAGCUAGCGCUGUCGCGCUUCACAGAGAUACUCGUUGCAGAAUAUGCAAACAAGGGCAUCGUCUCGUAUACGGUACAUCCUGGAUUGAUUCCGACUGAAAUGACCUUGGACAUGCCUGAUGCAUUAAGAAAAGUUCUCCUCUGCGAUACCGUGGAGCUCGCUGCUCAUUCCCUUGUAUGGUUGGUGCAAGAGCGUCGGGAGUGGCUAAAUGGACGGUACGUCAGCUGCAACUGGGACAUGGUCGAAAUGCUGGCGAAGAGGCAGGAGAUCAUCGAAGGAGACAAGCUGAAGUUCAGGCUUAUUAUGUGACAAGAUUUUAUCUAUGAAUAGCUUACCGUGUGUGCCUUUUUUAACUUCUCUUUUUUUUCUUUGCCCCGAGGAGGACGUCAUGCAUGCCGACAUGAAUCCUAGAACAAGGUGGCAUAGGCAUGCCAUGCGCAGCACGCCUCAUUGUGAGCUAAGCGCAAGCGUUGAGGCAGGCUGCUCGUCCAUUACGAUGUUAC